AGGGAGGAAAGAAGCAGACGGCGGCUUCGCAGGGACAAAAAGCAGCGUCCUUAGCGACGCGGCGUUGCCAGGCAGGCCCUUCCGCUUCCUUCCCGCCCUCUGUGGGGGGAACAUGGCGGGAGGGCUGCUGCUCCCCAUGGAGCCCCCAAGGAAGGCCGCCUCCCAGCAACAGCUGCAGUUCAGCCUGAAAGCCCCUUCCGUUGCAGAGAACCUGUCUGCCCGCUUUGCCAGCCCCCUUCCGAUUGUCAUUGAGAAGCUGAAGAAGCCCCCAGAGGAGGCGACCCUUUGCGGGGGGGACAGUGGGGGUCCGGCCCCCUUGUCCUUCUCUGCUGUGUCCGAAGAGACCCUCCGGCAGGCCGUGCGCCUGGCCAGGCGGGACCUGAAGCGGCGUCCGAAGCCAGAAGAAGAAGAGGCAGGCCUUUCUGGGCGCCCCAGAAGCAAGGCACUGGGAAAAGCGGGCCCCGUGAGGGCAUCCAGCAGGUCCCAGAGGGAGACCACCGACACCGGGGCAAAGGUUUACAUCUCCAAACCGACUUGUGUGAAAGCAGAGCCUUUGCUGCCCGAUUCGCCUCCAACGCGAGACCCGGGACUGGUCCCAUUUGCCACAAAGGCCGAGGCGAAGAAGGAGAAAGAUGAGGAGGAGAGAAGCGCCCAGGAGGUCCGGCGGCUGCAAAAGGAGCUGCAGGGAUACAUCCGGAAAGUGGAAGCGCUGGCCCAAAAGGAAAGGAGCCAGACGUCCUUGGAUCCUGAGGAGCGGCGCCGGGCCCGGAUCUGGGGCCAAGAGCAGGCUGCUCGAUCCGCCCGCACUCUGUAUGUGCUCCGACAACAGGUGAAAGAGAUCCAGGAUGACCUGGAGAAGCUGGGUCCCCAUCAGGUGCGUCACACCAAGAAGUCCAGGGCCAUGGCCAGGCUGGCGGCCGCACACCGGGGGGCAUCUCGAGCCCUGCAGGCCUGGCUCUCCCACUGGACCCUCGCUCAGCCAGAGGAUGAGGAGGAGGAGGAGGAUCAUCGUCUGGGCCUGCGCUGGGCCCACUGCCGGGAACUGGGGCAGCUCCUCCGCCAGCUCUCCCUCUGCUCCGUCCAAAUGGAGGUCCAGGGACCCUCUUCCACCUCUUCCCCACCAGACGCCCUCCUGGACCUCAUGCUGCAGAUCGAGGACUUGGACUCCCUUCUGGCAAGGAAGGCCCCACUUGGGGUCAGGGUGGCAGACCCCCCUCCAGCCGGACACCCACCCAAGGGCCGUCCUUCCCUCCGCUGCCCCAGGAAGGAGAAGGCUGUCCAGAAGCGGCCUGUGAGCAGGAAGCUGCCUCCCAGUUUGACCCCGGGACUCCCUUCGCGGCCCUUGCCUGUGGGUGACCCGCCUGAGACGGGUGAGCCUCCAGAGUCGGGCGAAGGGGCGGCGGAGGCGGAGGAGCCCCCCAAGGCGCCUCCCAAGGUGCCCCCCAAGGCAAGACCUGUCAUCGUUCGUCCAAAGGGCUCGGCGCUUCUUCUGUCCAGACCGCAGGGCGGCCCUUGCAAGAGGAAGAGCUUCCGGGAGCCCACCCUCUCCUUCCGGCUCAAGGAGGCGAAGCCCCCCUUGAAGGGGGAGGGCCGGCCCCCCUGGAUGCCCCCCAGCACCGCCUCCCCACCACGGUCUGCGGCCCAGGUGAAGGCAGCUGAGAAGAAGGUGGAGCAAGCAGUGCUGGAGCCCCUCCUGCAGAGAGUGCAGAAGGUGUCCCUCUCCCUGGAGAAAGAGCCCCAGGAGGUGAGAAGCAGAGGGCAGCCAGGCACUCCGGACCGGGAAGAAGGGCCCAAAGGGGACGGGGACCCCAAAGCGGGACCCCCUUGGCAGCAGGACGAGCAGGAGGAAAGCAUGGACGCCCGGCUGGACCUGGUGGAGAUGCUGCAGAGGAUGCAGGAGAUCGAGCGCUCCCAGGAGUCCGUGCGGCGGCGCUACCAUCAGCUGGUCUAUUCGGAUGUUGAAUUUUGUGCCCAGGAGAAGAAGAAUUGGGAGGGCCCGCCUCCUCCCAUUCAGGUUACUCAGGCCUUGAGCUGCAAGGAGGAGCCGCAAGUGGACAUUGUCCUGGAGAGGCCUUCGGACACCAACGCUGUGGAAGAGGAGGAGGAGGAAGAGGAGGAAGCUGUGCGCCCUUGCACGGGGGAGAAUGGGCCUCCCAUGGGGCCCAAUGGCGCCUUCCUCUCGGUCCCCCAAAACGUGCUGCAAAGCAUUGCCGACUAUGGGGCCCGCUACCGGCGCCACCUGCGGCUCAUGGCCCACGAAGCUGUGGGGCGUUUUGACCCCUGGCGCAUCGCAGAGAGCUUGGCGGAGGAGCUGACGGAAUCGGCGCUGGAGGAAGUGGCGGCGGAGCUGCAGGGCCUUUGCGAGGACUGCGCCGAAGCCCUCUUCGUCUCCGAGUUCCUGCAGCCACCAGUGGCAAACCAAUGAGGGUACCAAGACCCCCCCCCCUCCCAUCAUCACAAUUGCAAUAAAAGGUUUUGUACUU